GUCGUUGCCGUCGGCGCGUUGCGGUUGGUGUGGUCGUAGGGAACUCUGCGUAUUUUGCGCUAUAUUUGAUAACUAGCCAUCCUUUUUGUUCCGGGCGGUAGCUGCAAGCGUAGCAGGGGCAACUGGGCGCAUGACGUACAGGAAUUUAACGCCAGGUUGCUCAUGAUGGAUGAGGGGCAAAACUUUUGUCUUCAGUGGAACAGCUACCAGACAAGUGUGACCAGCCUCUUUAAUGACCUUAGGCGUGAUGGAGAGCUGGUCGAUGUGACAUUGUGUGCUCAGGGCCAGCAGAUAAAAGUGCACAGAAUGAUGCUGUCUGCUUGCAGUCCAUACUUCAGGGAUGUUCUCAAGGGUAAUCUGGGAACACAUCCAGUGUUCUUCAUGCGGGAUAUUUCCUUCAAAGACCUGGCCAACAUAGUGGAAUUUAUGUACCGGGGCAAGGUGAAUGUUGCCCAGAGUGAGUUGGGCUCCUUCCUGAAGACUGCAGAGACGCUCCAGGUGCGAGGUCUCACAGGUGAUGACGAACCGCCAGCGCAACCAGAGCCACCAAGAAAGCCGAAGUCGUCUGCACCGUCCGCCCCGCCGCCGCCGCCUCCGCGGUUAUCACCCGAACCAGUGCGGCAGCGGCCGGCGCCGGCGCUGCCGCCACCACCACCGCCGCCGCUGCCACCGCCACCGCCCAAGCGCUCCCACUCACCACCGCCGUCCACCGACGGCCUGCUCUCACCGAAGCGAGCACGCAGCGUGGAGCAACAGCCGUCGGCGCCGCCGCCGGCGGCAGCGCCGCUCGACACGCCGCCGGCGCCGCCGCGGCCCGGCUCCGAGCCCAUGUGCGUCAAGGAGGAGCCGCUGGUGCUGGAGGACGUUGAUGGUGACGGGUACGGCGGCGAGAACAGCUCGAGCAGCGGCGUGAUGCCGCUGCUCACGGACGCAGACAAUGUGCACAUGGGCUUCCUGGGCGGCACGCCCGCCCACCCGCCGCCGCACGAGUUCCAGGACGAAGACCUUUUGGCAGCUGUCGCCGGUCCUUCGAGCUUCCCCUCACAAGAACACUCAGAUAGUGCAACACCAGGGGCGCACGCCGACGACUUGCGCCACCGGCUGCUGACGGCCGACGGCCGCCUGCUGUACGUGUGUCCGCUGGCGCAGUGUGACGAGCGCGUGCCGUGGUCGCACCGCUCGCACCACCGCGCUACGCACAGCGGCCGCGCCAGCUGCACGCGCUGCGGCCGCAGCUUCGUCAGCGUGGCCAGCCUCUGGCGGCACCGCAUGAACUGCAAGAUGGGCCCGGUAGUGUAGUGGCCGGCCAGCGCGCGGUUUGCCGGCGGGGAGAAGCACAAGAGCGCCGGCAGUGCCGAGCGACUGCCGAACGGGCGCGAGCGCGGGCAGAGGGCGCGCGAGGGGCGCCGGGUGCGCUGGGAGAGACUGCUCGAUGCGGGUCGGGUCGUGCGGACGACGCAGGCCGGCCUCCGGAGGGGGAGGCCGGCGGUGACCGUGCUGGAGACGUUGGUGAAGUGGACGGUGGAAGGGAUUGCCGCGUUCGCGGCGGGGCGUGCAGGCCGACUUUGGUAUUAGUACGUCCCUACUGUGGUGUACCUCAUCAAUAAAUUCAUAUUCUGCGGCUGCUGUCUGAAUCACACCGGUCGUAUGCACAGCCACAUGAGUGAAAACCGAUCUUGGGUGGACGAGCGGUGCAGGCCGCGUAUGCUUGCUGGUCAACUCUGACCAUGUGCCGAAACCUGUCGGCGCAGUCUUGCCUGUGGCGGCGGCCGGCCGA